GUAAACAUCCAUCCACAUGGGGAUGCUGUGAUCUGUUUACGGGCUCACCGCCGACUGAUACAAGCAGAAGAAGACAAUGCGGAAGUAAAACUGGGAGAGGGUUUGUUUUGUUUGUGGACAAAGCCAUACCAAAUAUUAAAGGGGUUAGUUAUCAGUGUAUUUGCCAUACUAGUUGAAUACUCACCUCUCAGUCGCCUGAAAAUGUCUACAUUACAGAUGUUGCAUGUGUUCUUAAAUGAGCGUUUAACGGCGGCUGCUGUGGAGAUUUUCGGGGCAGUUGAGAAAACGGUAGUCGAGUACCAGGAAGAGAAUGAUCGGCUACGGAGACUGCUGCGGAAUACACCGGACAUAAAACUAUGUAGAAAAGAGUCCCUUCCGUUAUCUGUUGAUGUCUCUGAAGACGAGGUUCCACCUGAGCAGCAGCACUGUGAGCAGGAGUGGAGAACCAGUCUGCAGCAGGAUGACCUAGAACCCAAACAGAUUAAAGAGGAACAGGAGGAACUCUGGACCUGUCAGGAGGAAGAGCAGCUUCAAGGGCAGGAGGCUGACGUCAUAGUUUUCAAAUUCCCUCCUCUUUGUGUGAAAAGUAAAUGUGAUCAGGAAAACCCACUUCAGUCCUUUACUCUUCCCCAAACCCAGACAGUGGAGAACAGAGAGAGUGCCUCUAAACCAGUGGAUCUCCCACAUUUUGUCACUUUUACCCACCUAAAGGGUCUCGACAUUCCCUGUGACCCCCCAGAUAAUCAAAACAAUUCCUACAACCACAGCUCAGCUGUAAGCAGUGACCCAGUAGGACUUAGGCUGUUGUCACCAUUCCAUCCCAGUCCACCAUUGAAUCCCAACCUAUCAAUGGGGGAACACUGUUACAAACCCAGCACCAUGUCUAGAAAAGCUCUCCGCUGCUGUGACUGUGGUGAAACGUUUGCUCUGAAAGCUGACCUGCAGGAGCAUGUGACUCUCGCCAAGAAGAUACCCAGCGAAUGCCACCUCUGCCAAAAACUCUACAACUCCACCUGUAAAUUGAAGGCCCAUGUCAGACUCUGUCACGUGGAGAAACCCUCCACCUGCCCCUUUUGUGGAAAGACCUUCAAACUCAAAGGACAUCUGUCCAGGCACAUGAGGAUUCACACAGGCGAGAAACCAUUUGGCUGUGGUGACUGUGGGAAAAGCUUCAUUCAGAAGGGGGACCUAAGGAGGCACAUACUGACUCACACAGGAGAGAAACCAUUUAGCUGUGGUGACUGUGGGAAAAGCUUCAAUCGGAAAGGGAACCUGAACUUGCACUUUCUGACUCACACAGGAACGAAUGUCCACAAAGAAAGAAACAAAUAAAGAAAACAAAGGAAAUGAAAUAGGACAAAGACAUCUUGUUAGAAGAUGGGCAACACUUUGGAAAAGCAAAGCAACUCUCUGGAUCAUUCAUUCUCUGGGUUUCAGGUAAAUAGAUGGCAUGAAUUUACUAUUGUAAAACGUUCUAUGAACAAUAAAGUUUGAUUUGAUCGAACAGUACAGAGUAGUUCAACUCACAGGUCUGCUGUUAAGUCUCUUGGUGUUUUCAUGUCAUUAUUAAGCAGAAUUCCUGCUAGUUUGUUUUGGAAUGUCUCCAGAAUAGUCUGACAGAUGCUAUUGAUACAUUAAAAUGAAUACUUCU